GGAGGUCGUUAAGGUCGACAUGUGGGAAAUGGCGGCCGUGUUUAGAUGCGUGGCGCCGUUAGCGUAAUAUAAGUGUAACAAAAUUAGCGCCGCAUAAGCAUCAAAGUUGAGAAAGUCGCUAGCAUCGGCGCAUUGCGUCACAUAAAGGCCAGAACAUGAAUCCAUCUGGAGCUGGAGGUUUUCCUUUCGGCUCGCAGCAGACCACACAAGCGUCUCCUUUCGCGUUUGGACAGAGUGCUCAGUCACCUGCUGGAGGAAUUCAGCCAACUUUUGGCAGCCCGACUGCUCCAUCUGGUACAGGUACCCAGCAAUUCCCAUUUGGAUCUCCAACAGCUACAGUGGCCCCAACAGGGAUGAACCAGAGUUACUCCUUUGGCAACACACCGACACAGGCAGCUCCAACACAGCCACAGCCAUUUUCAUUUGGGGGAUCUGCUCAGACUCCGGCAGCAACUGCUGCCUCCCAACCCUUCUCCUUUGGAGCACCAUCAGCCACUACUACGGCACCAGUGGGCGUUGCCCACCCUUUCAGCAUGGCAAGUGCUACAGUGAGGCCACAGACAGGAAGCAUGGCAUUUGGCACCGCACAAUCAACCACUCCUGCAACCACGUCUGCUCCAACGGGAUUUGCUGGGUUCACAAACACCCCUGCAACAGCAGCCGCUGCGCCAGCCUUUGGUAGUGGUUUUGGGGCCACAAGUCCAGCAUCCACUCCAUUUGGAAGCUUUGCGUCAACAACCACUGCCAUGCCGUCCCCAGCAACUUCCACCACACCAGGAGGCUUUGCGUUUGGAAUGACUACGGCCACUCCUGCGUCGACUGCUUUUGGUAGCAUUGGGACACCUACAGCCACACCCACCUCUGCUCCAGCUGGUUUUGGUGGCUCCGGUACAAUUACAUCUGCAAAUUCUGUGGCACCAGCAGGGUUCGGUGCUGCUUUUGGGUCUACCACCACAGCUCCUGCACCCACACCUACCUUCGGUGGCUUUGGUUCCACACCAGCCUCAACAGGCACUGGUGCCCCACCAGCCUUUGGUGGCUUUGGCACUGGAGCGACCACUACUACAGGAACCUCUGCAAGCAUGCUUGGUGGCUUUGGGACCGUGCCAAGUCAGACAUCAGCUCCUGCAUCUUUGCCUGGCUUUGGAGGGGCCCCUGCCACAAGUGCUGCUUCUGGAGCAGCUGUACCUGCUGCUACCACUGCUUCCACCCCUUCAUUGUUUGGUUCAUUUGGUGCACAAACUCAAAUGGCAGCAGUGCCAUCUGUGACAAGUGCAGCCCCUGCAGCAAGUGCUGCUGCUCCGACAUUCAGUUUCGGAGCACCUACGCCUGCAUCGUCUGCUGCCACUCCCGGUUUUGGCGUGGCACAAUCAGCCACCACCACUGCCACGCCUUUUGCUGGUUUUGGAGCAGCUGCAGCACAACCUGCAACAACAGCUACUGGUAUGGGGGUCACUGCAUCUUCUGCCGCAGCCCCACCACUUGUUUCACCUUUCAUGGCUACUGCAAGCACAGCAGCAGCAUCCCCUGCAGCCCCCAUGCCUUCAGUGGCGUCAGCAUUUGGUGGCAGUGGCACAACUACCACGCCUGCCACCGCCUCCACACCAUCACUGGCUUCAGUGUUUGGUGGGGGUGCGGCAGCAGUGCCAGCUGCAACCUCUGCGCCUUCGUCAGCAGCGUCAGUGUUUGGCACUGGCACUCCAGCCACCACGCAGGCAACUUCCACAGCUGCUCCUACACUGCCCACUCCUGCUGGAUUUGGUGCAACAACGGCGGCGUCUUCUGCCCCUACAGUCACACCUGCCACAGCCAGUACAGCUGCUCCAGCAGCUACUACAGCGACACCAUUUGGAGCAGCUUUUGCUGCAGGAACACCAGGGAUGGCACCUUUUGGCCAGACAAGCACCACAUCUACUGGGCUGUCAUUAGGAGGACUGAGCUCCACUUCAGGCUUUAGCCAAUCCACAACUGCUCCUACAAAGACAACGGCUGCUGUUGGUCUUGGAGGUGUGGAUCACCCAAGUUCAAGCGUGCCAGGUUCUGUGGCAGCAGGCAAAAGUGACAAAACGGUGAAGGAAGAGAGCUUACCCCAACCAAUUGUGGAGACUGUUGAGGCAUUCAAAAAGUAUGUGACUGAGCAGAAGGAAGUGCGUGAGGAAAUCUUCAGGAUACCCUCUCAGACCAUAGCCAAGGUGCAGGAGGAAACGGUAGCCCUGCGGCAGCUGCUCUCCACUGUGGAGAACGGAAUCCAGCGAAAUUCUGUAGCUGUUGAGCGCCUCAAACGUGAGACCUCAGAGGACUUGAAGAAUGCAGAGAUUGCUCACCACACCAAGGAGACACCAAUGUCCUUGCAGUAUGAAAAUACAGCACCUAACUUGUAUUUCCAGAAGCUUGUAGAAAACUUCAACCAGCAGAUGAAGUUGUACAAGGAUCAAAUUGAGGAGUUGGAACAACAUUUUGCAUCCCUUUCAAGGGUAUCGAAAUUCACACCAGAAGAGCUGACAGUUACAGUGAAAAAGCUGCAUGCAGUUUUUGUGUCCUUGGCUGCACACUUACAAAGUAUACAUGAAAACAUACAGAGGCGGAAAGAUGAACUGAGCUCUGGGAAAAUUACUGGGCUUCCCAGCAAGUCACAAGGCGGCACUGUUGGUACCACCACAACAGCUGUUACUCUGGGCCCCGCUCCAUUUUCCAGUACCAAAAGUGAUGCUGCACUUGCCAUGGCAUCAGCUUUGGCACGGGUGGGACAGCCAACUUUUGCAGACAGUGGAAUUCUGGGCUCCUUCGGCACUCAGCCAACUUUGGGCACAACAGGAGGUUUUGGAAGCUCGACUUUCUUUGGCACCACUGUUGGCCUUGGAACGUCCUCAAUUUUCGGAGCGACCAGCCCGUUUAAACCAUUAGGCACUGAUACCUAUGGUUCUUCAGCAAAUCAGACGUUCCAGCUCCAAAAGCCUCCACCUGGAAAUAAGCGGGGCAAGAAAUAGUAUAUGCUGAUAUAAAAGCUAUAAUUCUUUUACAUGCCAUUGCUGACGUGCCUUUACACUUGGAGGAGAUUUACUCAAUAAAUACGAUGCGAAUUCGUGUUUUGUUAACUUA